GGUUAGGUGGGAAAAAUAAAUUUUGAAUAAACCAAAAAUUGUAACUCUUCUGAAAAGCCGAAUAGAAAAUAAAUAUGCGAUGUCGAAUCCGAAAUCGGAAGAAGCUCGACAGAAAUAUUUAGACGAAAAUCCAUUCCAGGGCUUCAAAAUCGACGACAACUCGAUUUUGUCGACCUUAGAAGGCAGACAUCCUUGUCCAAAAUGUGGUAAAUCCAGAAAAUUUUUCUGUUAUUCCUGUUACGUCCCUAUAAAAGAAUUGGAAGGUAAAUUGCCUCGAGUAAAGCUGCCCAUAAAAAUAGAUAUAAUUAAGCAUAAACACGAAAUCGACGGGAAAAGUACAGCAGGACACGCUGCUAUAUUAGCAGCAGAUGAUGUUAAUAUCUACACUUAUCCCGAUAUUCCUGAUUAUGAACACGAGAAUGUAGUACUCGUGUUUCCAAGCCAGAGUGCUAUUACCGUAAACCAACUUAUUUCCAACGGCCUCGAUCCCGAAGCUAUUAAGGAAUCUCAAAGCGCUACUCUAGACGAUUUGCCAAAAGGACACAACAAGGGUACCCUAAUGAAAGAAAUUUCAAAAUCACAACAGGAGUAUCAAUUUUGUAGAAACCCCGAGUUACUGCCUAUCAAUAAAGUAAUUUUUAUAGACAGUACUUGGAAUCAAAGCAAAGGAAUUUAUAAAGAUGCGAGAUUAAGGAAAAUACCUUGCGUAGUUAUCCAGAACAGGAUCUCCCAGUUCUGGAGGCAUCAAAAAGCCAGUCCUAGGUGGUAUUUGGCCACAAUAGAAGCUAUACAUCAAUUCUUAAUAGAGCUACAUCUUCAUAAGUGGGGCUUGAAUCCCGAUUACAAAGGAAUUGAUAAUUGCUUCACGGAAACGUGUUUAAACAAUUUCAAAUUUUUAUAUAACGACAAUGAUGACGCUUAUAACGGGCAAUACGAUAAUUUAUUGUACUUUUUCCAACACAUGUAUAAGUUGAUACACGAGUAUUAUAAUCAUGAAGAACUAUAUGCUUAUAAAAGGAGAUUAAUGUAAAUAAUAAACAUUGAAUAUUUCUUCAAAAGGAGUUUGAAAGAAAGCGAAGAAUUGUACACAUAUAUUAUACUGAUAAACGAA